AUGCCGUUUUCGAUCGUACAAACGCGAAAAAAUAAACGCGCCAGGCCAACGAUGACCAUCGUACCGAAUACCUGGGUCAAGAACAAUUCGGUUUAUUGGCCCAUGUCCAAUUUGUUGACUUUAUCCGCUGACGAAAAUUCCGAACCAGAUAUGGCGUCGUGGUCUCUCCAGAAGUGCAAAGUAGUUGGCCGGGGUUCAACGUAUGCGGAUGCCGAAAACGUCAUGAGAAUACUGGAAGCGGUAACGGAUUCCGAGGAUACAGUGGAGAUCAGUCGUGGGACUCGUGCGACUCCCGGGACAAAAAAACCAAAAUUCAACUCCAAAGUUUACCAGCUAGCUCCUGCUAAGCAUCAAUUGCAGAUGAUGAUUCGACCAUUGAUUGUUCAGUCUGGGGAUGGUAAGCAGUACCUCCAGCUACAGAAUGGCACAUAUCGGAUGCUUAGCGAAUUCGACGAAGAAAUUGAAAACCUCAAUACCAACGGUGAGCAAGAGAAUCUUGGCUUCGUCCAGCAGGUGAAUCCAGCUCCUGUCAGUGCUGCGAAUGCCAAAAACUUUCCGACCAUUACAGAAGAAUCAAAUGAUAGUUAUCUGAACGGAAACAUCGAGAGCUAUCCCGUCGUUUACGAUGAUGAAACUCCAUCGGAUGAAAUGGGUGAUACACAAUCGGAUGAAAUCGCUGAAAGAUUGGAUAGAAUUGAAAAGAACCUAAACAAAAUUCUUUUCUUCGUGGCUGACAUUGAAAAGUAUUUCAAAAUGAAGCAGCAAGAAUCGAAGACUCAUGAGGAAAAGCAGCCAAAACAAAAGCGAAGUACUGAAGAUUUCUCCGAAUUCAAAGCGAUUCUUCCAAUUAAAACGGUUCAAGAUCUGAUGUCCAUUGAAUCUAAGCUGGAAAUCCAAUCUUUUUCCGAAAAAUUGUACCAGUAUUUCGAAGUAAUGUACAAUCUUAAUGGGAAACGCGAAGGACAUUCAUUCUUUCGCAAUCUGAUCAGGAAAAUGAUCGACAUAUCGGUAUUGAUGCCCUUUUCGUGGUUAGGUAACACACGGUCCAAAAAUGGUGAACCCCCUGUGGAACAAAACCGGAAUUUCAAACGGACGUUUCCACGAUUGAUUAACUUCAUCGGAAGUGUACUACGCGCCGCUGACUUUGAAUAUACAAUCGAAGACACCGAGAAAGCAUUCAGUGAUUUCCUUCGUCAUAAGAAUACCGAAAUGAAACGCCAUAUCAAUCAGGGUGGACAGCGGCGAGUAUCACAUACCCGCAAAAAGCGACGACUGACUGAUAUUCCUUCCGAUAUGGCCGACCGUGAUGAUUAUAACGAUGCAGGAUUGGACAGCAUCUCCGAGAACUAUGAAGAGGCUUAG